UCUAUAAUCAUCAGUCCUCAGACAUUGCCUGUCGUGAUAAGAACGUUCAUUUCUCUUCAACAGAAAUCAGAAUUCCGAGAAAAUGCUGCUGCCCGUUGGAAUACUCGUCAUUGUACUUCCAUUACAGUUUACAGCUGCCUUCCCAUCGCGAGGCGACAGUCUGAGAGAAUUACGCAAGCUAAUGAGACAGCAGGAUGAUGAGCGGCAACAGCCAGUGGCAGCAUCUACACCCAGAACAUUUCAAAGUGAAAAUCAGUUUAAUGAAGACAUCAGUCAGUGGCUGCUGUCCCUGGAGCACUUGGGACUCGAGAUCUUUCAGUUUGUGCAGCAGUGCCGCCAGCCGGGGAGUCAAUGCCAGCAGAGACGUGUCCAUAGGAGGUUUCGAUCUCUAAGGCAUGGCUAUACGGAGCUAAGGGCUCAAUUGGAGGCCUUGGAGGUGAGCUACGUGGGCAGGAUGAGCAGCGAAGAGGCCUGGACUCUGGAGAGCACUAUUCAGAAGGUAAAAUUGGUUCUCAGGCAAUACGACGAGACCUUGCGGCUGAUCAAUGGCCAGAUCUUCAAGUUGGUGGAUCAAUAAUCACUAAUUUAAGGUAGGAUUUACCCACAAAUGGGAAGAACUUAGAGAAUAUAUUUCAAUCGAUUGCCCAUUCCAAAACCCACUAAAGAGAGAUCCAAAUGCUCAUCAAAACUAUUUUUAAUUAAACUAAAAUUGCCCUU